AUGUCAAAGCCAAGAUCAACAAGUACGAUUGAAUAAAGAAUCAAAGAAGUCAGAAUGCAAAAAUCCAGAAAUUACUCCCAUCUUGAUGGAACAUGUGUAUGCUCCGAGUGUUUGUGUGGUUAAUGCAAAUGUUAGGUGUACUAACAACCUUAUGAUUAUCCAAAACUUUUACAGUCAAAUUAUAAAAGAGAGUAUCUGUGGAAAUAUUCUUCCCCUCCAAAACCAGUGUAGAAAGUGGAAUACCAGUCCAGUUUCGAACAAGUCUUUAGAUCUUCAACCUACCAAAGAAAUUUUCAAUCAUUCAGCAUUUAGAAAACUGAAAAUUUCAAACCCUCCCCCCAAGACUGGAAAAAUGAUUCCCCUGUUGUGGAGAUGACUUCCUAUAGAGCCAACUUCAAAUAAUAACCUAAUAACAUCACUCCUAUGCUAAGGCCUAUUGAAGUGGAUCAUUCUGUAAACUUGCCAAUCUCCUAGAAGACAACUUACAACAAGCAUUUCAGAGCGUGCAGUUCCUAAUUGGAAAAUGACCAUUAUGUUAGAGAAGCUCAUUACAAAAGACACACGAAUUAGUCACCAAAUCCAUACUUAAAAACAUCCUAUCAGCAUUUCUACAACGUUGUUUCAUAAUCACAAACAAAUGCAAUUUUACCACAAUAAAAUUAAACCUUUAUGCCUGCCUUAUCUGGAUCGUAGAACAGAUAAAGUAGAUAUCAAUCCGAUUAUAAGAAGAAGCAGAGACUAAAAUGUCAAGCUAGACAAUUCUUAGAAGAAUAUAUCAUUAUUCAUUAAGAGUGA